GCUCUAGCCCCCACCCACCCUUCCAGCUGGCUCUGCAUCCUGCUCAGACACUCCCGCUUUGGGGCCCUGCCACCCCCCCCACCUGUGUCUCAGGACUUGUGCCUGGAACUGUCCCAGCUGAACUGGCCCAAGGUCCCGGCUAUGGCAGCGGCUACCAUAGUGCACGACACGUCUGAGGCGGUGGAACUGUGCCCUCUCUACGGCCUCUACCUGAAGCCCAUCACCAAGAUGACCAUCAGCGUGGCCCUCCCGCAGCUGAAGCAGCCGGGGAAGUCCAUCUCCAACUGGGAGGUGAUGGAGAGGCUGAAGGGCAUGGUGCACAACCACCAGUUCUCCACGCUACGCAUCUCCAAGAGCACCAUGGACUUCAUCCGCUUCGAGGGCGAGGUGGAGAACAGGAGCAUGGUCAAGUCUUUCCUGGCCUGCCUGGACGGCAAGACCAUCAAGCUCAGCGGCUUCUCCGACAUCCUCAAGGUGCGGGCCGCCGAGUUCAAGAUCGACUUCCCCACCCGCCACGACUGGGACUCUUUCUUCCGGGACGCCAAGGACAUGAAUGAGACGCUGCCCGGAGAGCGGCCGGACACUAUCCACCUGGAGGGGCUGCCCUGCAAGUGGUUCGCCCUGAAGGAGUCGGGCUCCGAAAAGCCCAGUGAGGAUGUCCUAGUCAAGGUGUUUGAGAAGUUUGGGGAGAUCCGGAACGUGGACAUCCCCAUGCUGGACCCCUACCGGGAGGAGAUGACUGGGCGCAACUUCCAUACCUUCAGUUUCGGGGGCCACUUGAACUUCGAGGCGUAUGUCCAGUACUGUGAAUACGCCGGCUUCAUCCAGGCCAUGAGCGCCCUGCGUGGGAUGAAGCUCAUGUACAAGGGGGAGGACGGCAAAGCCGUGGCCUGCAACAUCAAGGUCUCUUUCGAUUCAACCAAACAUCUAAGCGAUGCCUCCAUCAAGAAGCGGCAGCUGGAGAGACAGAAACUGCAGGAGCUGGAGCAGCAGCGGGAGGAACAGAAGCGGCGAGAGAAGGAAGCCGAGGAGCGACAGAGGGCCGAGGAGAGGAAACAGAAGGAACUGGAAGAAAUGGAGAGGGAGCGAAAGAGAGAGGAGAAGCUGCGCAAGAGGGAGCAGAAGCAGAGGGACCGCGAGCUCCGCCGCAACCAGAAGAAGCUGGAGAAGCUGCAGGCGGAGGAGCAGAAAAAGCUGCAGGAGAAGAUCAAGCUGGAGGAGCGGAAGCUGCUGCUGGCCCAGCGCAACCUGCAGUCCAUCCGGCUGAUCGCAGAGCUGCUGAGCCGCGCCAAGGCGCUGAAGGUCCAGGAGCAGGAGCAGAAGGAGCAGGCCCUGCGGCAGCAGCAGCUGGAGGAGCGGCGGCGGCUGCAGGAGGCUGAGCUGCGGCGCGUAGAGGAGGAGAAGGAGCGAGCGCUGGGGCUGCAGAGGAAGGAGCGGCAGCUGCGCCAGCGCCUGCUUAGCAUCCUGCUGAGCAAAAAGGCGGACGACCCGCAGGCGCCGGACGAGCUGGGCGUUGCGCCCGCGGACCUGCUGCAGCCUGUGCUGGACAUCCUGCAGACGGUGUCGGCGGGGUGUGUCGGCGCGACCUCCCCGCGUCUCCCCGGGGGCCCGCCGCCCCCCGGCACCCCGAAGGAGACCCCGCUGCGGCCGGAGAUGGAGUGCACUCCCCGAAACGUGAACGGGAACGUGGCCGAGGACACCCAGGGCAGGGACCAGCAGCCGCCUGGCCCAGCCGCCCCCAACACCACCUCGCCCGAGAAAAGGUGCCCGGCCGUUCUUUCCUGCAUCCCCGACAAUAACCAGCAACCCAAGGGCGUCCCCACCUCCUGCGACCAGAAUGUACCCCGGAAGGACGCCAUUUCAGAGCUAGACAAGUGCAACCGGGAGCCCAGCAAGGGUCAGGGCCGGGCCGGCGGGGACCCGGGCGGCGAGGACAGACACACGAGGGAUCGGAGCCGGUCGCAGCGGGCCGGCAGCCGGGAGGACGGGAGGCCACGCAAGGAGCGGAGAUCCCAUAAGAAACGCUCCCACCAGGACGACAGCCCCCACCGGCGCAGCUCAAGCCCCACUCAUGCCCGGUCACGAAAGUCCCACAGCAAAGACCGCUCGGGCCACCGAGAGAGGAGCCGUGACCGCAGGGGUGGCUCAGGGAGGAAGCACAGCCGCCAUCGCCGCAGCCAGAGGUCCCGUUCGGGGUCCCCCAGCCGGCACCGCAGCACCUGGGACAGGUAAUGCAGGGCAUGGUCUGCCCCAUCCUGGAAGAUCAGGACCUGGGGGAGCAGCCUGGUUCUUCUGCUCGCUGCCUCAGAAACGCACGUCCCAGGAGCCUCAGCGUGGACAAGGGCAGUGCUUACGACUCCUCUCAACGCAGGUGGCCCUUGGGUUCCGCAGUGGGACCCAAGACCUUAGUUUCCCUUAAGAUGUUGACAGAUAGCUUUAAUCUCGCCAGUUCUCUCUGUCUGCAGAAAAGCUCAGAGCCUAAUGCGAGAGACGGCUGACCCGCCCUGUGACCAGGCAGUGCAGGAUCUCAGUACCACUCAGCGACCCCCUCUU